GAGGGAGAUUCAGUGUGGCAGCUCCUGUCCCAGGAGAUCUUGGAUGAACCUCCAGAUGUCCCAGUGCCCCAUGUGAGUGGCCACAAGGCAUCUAAGCAAGGGAACAGGUAAACAGGUACACAGGUAUCCAGGGCAGAUCUCUACUGGUGCCUCAGGCCAUGGAGCCUGGCCUCUCCUGCCCUUGUCCCCUCAUUCACUUGGCCCAUGGAGCUUUUGUUGUGCUGGGAUUUUUUUAAGAUGUCCAGUCACUGUGGGAAAGCAUAUUUCCUGUGGCUUUAAUUAGAUUAUGCUGGAAUAAAUAGCAAGAUGAAGGGGCUCCCAGCCUGGCCUUGGCUUUGUUUUGCUCUCUUGUUUUUCACUGUCGAUUGAAACAACAGGAAGUCUGGCGUGGAGGGAGUUCGGCAGGAUGUGGCUCCCAUGACUCCUGACCCCUUUCCCUGCUUCCAUAUACCCCUGGCACCUGCUGUGGGGUGGGGUGGUGUGGUGUGGUAGGGAGAGACCAGUCUUGUGUGGUGACUGCUGGCAGGAGGGUUCCAGUGUCCUGGGGACUGUUCAGCCAGGGGAAAAGUGAAGAAUGAGAGAGCAGAGAAGCUGGGCAGCUGCCUCCUCUGACCCACCUCGGAGCCCCACAUGCUCUUUCCCUGUGCCAGGCUGAGGGCACCAGCCCACAUUGCCCUGGCAGCCCUGCCACCGCCUGAACCCCACUGUUGUGCCCCAGCCUGGACAGGGGGAGAUGAGGUGGGGUCCCAGCCAGACCGGGAGGGCACGCCCCUGGAAGGGCAGGACGCGGGGGUCCGGUCGGGGGCCGGAGGGACAGGCAGUGCCAGCACCGCCGCCGGGGGCCGUCCCGCACCGUCCCGUCCAUCCCUCCGUGCCCGCCCGGCUCUCCCGGCGGCCCAGCCUCCCCUCGCCUUCCCCCGCGGCGUGGCCGGCUAUAAAUCAGACGGCGGCGGCUGCCCCCGGGGAGCGGGGCCACCCAGGCGAGUGCGACCGGGCUGCCUCUCCAGCCUCCCUGCCCAUCUGGAUACCUCGCCGGAGCGCCCCCGCAGAGCCCGGAGAUGAGCUCUCCACAGUCCCCUCGCCGGGGCACGAAGGACCUCGAGGUGGCGGCGAUGCUGCGCUACCCCUGCGGGGCCGGGGGGCUGCCGGGGUCUCCGCCUGCCGCCGCCGCCCCUGUGGCCUCGGGGGCGGGUUCCCAAUUCCUGGCCAGCUGGCGCCUGCAGAAGCUCCGCACCCCGCACCGCACCUUGGGGCGAGCCCGGCGCCGCACGGAGCCCCGCUCGCCGCCCGCCUGGGGCCUGGGGCUGGGGGGCGCGGGGAGCCGCCCCCUCCAGCCCGCCCGCCCCGGCCUCAUCGACUCGGACCCGGUGGACGAGGAGGUGCUCGGGGCGCUGGUGCUGGAGCUUGGCCUCGACAGGGCGGACGAGCUGCCGGAGCUCCGGCUCGGCCACCACGAGUUCGACCUCCCCGCGGACCUGCCGGCCGGCUGCUGAGGCUGGAGGGCUCCAGCUGGGGUGGGGGGCUCCCGCCUCACCCCACCCACCGGGACCCCGUGGGCCGGUGCUGCUGGGCGCGGGCAGCGCCCCGGCUUUCCCAAUGGGCUGGUGCUGCGGGAGCAGGGAGCGCUCGGAGCCCGGCCGAGGGUGGGAAGGGGCAGGAGAAGGUGCUGGGGUCACUCUGGGCGCCCCACAAAGCGCGGGCAUCAC